AUGGCAACCGCCGACACUUCUCAGUCGACCUUAACAGGUCCUUCACACAAGUCAAAUCGAGCACAGUCCCCUCCUGCUCAAUCCAAGCGAGAGCGCAAGAAGCAGCUGAUACAGGACAAACUUGUGGCAUUGGAACGAGACAUGAGCCGCGACCGCGAUCGGAGUUAUAGAGAAGAGCUACAGAAGAUCCAAGCCGAUGUUCACCUAGUCUCCAGAGUUGACCCAUACUCGGACCGUCCCCUUGAUGAAAUCGACAGAGAACUCCAAGAAGUAGCACAAACAAAUGCCAACGGCGCAACAGACCGCACCACCAGGACCUUGCUGGAAAUGGCAGGACCCUCUUUCCAGGAAUGGGUUGAGCACGUCAAAGACAUGCUCGAGGUUCGUGAUUACGAACUGACGUCCCAGAAGCACGAGCACGAAGCGAGAACUCUCAUGCACCGCAAUACCUAUGCCUAUAAAGUUGAGGUCGCUAAGCGAGAACACCGAGCGCUGUCAGCAACUCUGAAGGAUCGACUCAUGAAUGCCAUCACCACCAAGAAACUACGACUGAGCCGAGAAAAAGAAGCACUCGACGUCUCCGAGAGUUCAGCCUUAUUUCUACACCCCAAUCAAUAUACCCUCACAAACCCUGCGAGCCCUGGCGGUACCCAUUCGAAACGGACGACGCGAUUACGAAGAGAAGCCGACGAAGCGGCUGGUCUUGCCGAUGGCAAGAAGAGAAAACGAAACGCCAUUGAUGACGAUGGCUCGCCCGUGCCCAUUCGCAGGGCGCUUGAUGCGGCCGGCACCACCCCACUCUGGCAGAAUGACCGAAUUCGAGCUGUUCGCCGAGAGGCUGGUCCAAUCUACAGCAUCGAUAAACUCUUCACCGACAAGGAGUUGUCCAUGAACUACAACAGUGCCGCAGUCGCAGCCUACAAGCACCUACUCACCCGAAGGGACGCCUCCGGCAAUCCACUACCGUCGCCUGAGGAGAGCGAGGCAGGAAAUGGCGAGCUGAAUGGAGAUGACAAGGAAGAUAUUGCUGCGCCCUCUAUGGAGCGCCAACCUUCACACCAGACUAGGAGCACCCGUACUCUCGGACAAAACUGGCUUGACGACAAGGUCUUGGGUAUUGAGGGCUUGACCAACUUUGACCUUCCCGGAAACCUAGAGAAAAUGGAUGCUCAGGAGCCCAGGCUGCCGCCUCUCAUUCACUCGCAGUACUCCAAGGCGUACGUCAAGUCCGAAUCAAACACCCCGACUUCUCUCGCGCAUGAUGACGUCGCUCAGGAUAUCCAUAUCAUGAAAGUCUUCAAAGCCUAUGGACAACAUAGAGGCACGGGCGCCAAUAUUGAUACUCCCAACGGUGGUCGAAGGUUGCUUGAGAACAUGAUCACACCGCAGCAAAAUGGCAGGCCAUUUGCUGCGUUCAUCCAAGGUCCACGGCCGCAUGUCGAUCAAAUAGCAGAUUCAUUAGGCGUUUCUGUUUCGUCUCUGCGGGACGAACCUGGCCCAGGUGCACUAGCCGGCCUGGCUCCAGGCAUUGCUACGGGCAGUCAUGCCUCACCUGCUGCCCCGCCCAUGUCUCGACAGAGUAGCUUUGGUGGUGUUACCAUGAGCAGGUCAGGCAGCGGAAGAGGCAGGAGGAGGGGCUAG